AUGUACAGGCCUGUCCGUUCUACAUUGGGUGAAAACGAGAUAAGUUUGGGAACAUGGUUAAUUGAACGAAGGCGAGGCACGCAACAAACGCGGGCUGCCGGCCCGAAUGCGGAAUACCUUGAGAUUCACAGUGUCAGUGUAUCCAGGACCCAAUCUUCAUCCUACCUGCUUUGCGCUACCAACAUGGUUUCCCCUCCCUUCGACGCUGCAUUCCAAUUCGCUUCUCAUGUUAUUGCGCAAACUGAUCUCGACUUAUUUUCGUCGGCUACGGUUCCAUGUUGCUCCUUGUUAUCUCUUCGGAAGACCACCGGAUGUCCUUUCGUGAAUGCGGUGGCUUUCCCCAUUGAUAAGCAGAUUCCGAUGUUGGCGCCCGUCCCAAUUGCCAGCACCAAUCCUGCACGUAUUGGUUUGGCAGGAAUCAAUAUGACCAGUUAUCUUGAUCAAACGCCUGCACUUUCAUCUUUGCUGAGCUUUAAAUUGGGGGGCGAUCUUUCAAACUCGAUGCGUGGUCGAACGGGGUACAUCUUCGAACUCCCAAAGGACACCGAAGAACUCAAUCCUAUGGUGUCAAAAAUGGCUCCUGGUUCCGGUGUCAAAGGCCACAUGUUAAUAGUUUUGGUCGACGAUGACGGGUUUCAGGUAGAUGCCACCCAUGCUGACAUCAGACCUAUCUGUAUCGGUGCUGCUCGUCAAUCCCGCUUUCUCGUUCCGGUUAUCCAUGCAAUGCAACCCGGUUCUUUCGUCCUCAUCUUGCUUUCCCAUGUCCCGUGA